UCAUCAAAACGUCAAAGUAAAAUUAUCGUCAAAUUUUUAAUCAUGUGGUGAUGUGGUCAUAAUAUACGUUCUAAACAUUCAAAAUUCAAGUAGUACUCACAUUUACAUACAUUCUUAGUUUAAAAAUGGUACUUAGUACAUGGAGAACAACACAUAAAAUUCUUUCAAGACACAUUUGCAAAACAAGACGGAAGCAAACAACUGCAGGAGUUCUAGUCAUUGGCGAUGAGAUACUCAAAGGACAAACGGAAGACACCAACUCUAGGUACCUGUCAAAGGAAAUUUACAAAUCAGGAGUACAAGUCAAAAAGAUCUCGGUUAUAGGUGAUAUCGUAGAAGAUGUUUCAAGGGAAGUCAAGGAGUUUUCCAAUUCUUUCGAUUAUGUCAUCACUACAGGGGGAAUCGGACCUACACAUGAUGAUAUUACAUUUGAAGCCGUAGCAAAAGCUUUCAAUGAAGAGUUAAUUCUAGAUCCAACCCUGAAGGAAUUGGUCCUAAAGUUUUACAAAAGUAAUGACAUAAAUAUUCCUGGAAUGAAAAUGGCUUAUAUUCCUCAGUCUGCAAAGCUCAACUUUAAAUCAAAUAUCACUCCAGAACCUCUGGUCUAUCCAAAUAUUUCAGUUAGAAACGUAUACAUAUUUCCUGGAAUACCUGAAUUAAUGAUGAAGACAUUUAGUUCCGUAAAAGCAACAAUAUUUCAAUCCAAAGAACAGUUUUUCACAAAAUGUUUGUACCUGAAAAGUAAAGAAUCUGACGUUGUGCAGAUAUUGAACAAAGUGGUACUAGAAUUUCCUGAUGUGCAGUUUGGAUCAUAUCCUAAAUUAUUUAAUAGUCAGUACCAGGUUAAGUUAACGGUGGAGUCAGUUAGUGAGAAAAACACAAAAAUGGCUUAUGAAACACUAGUGAAACUACUUCCUAAGGAAUCUAUAGUAGAUAAUAAUGACGUAGAUGAAAAGUAACCAUCAGUGAAUACUUUCUGAUUUUAUUUAUUUGUAACAUUUUAAAUCAUAAGGAAAAACAUCAAAAAUAAAAUUAAGGCACACCUUA